AUGGGGCGGCGGCGGCGGGGGGCGCUGCCGGAGCCUGCGGGCGGCUGCUCCUGCUGCCUGGCGGCGGCGCUGCCGCUGCUGCUGCUGCUGCUGCCCGCCGGGUGCCCGGUGCGGGCGCAGAACGACACGGAGCCCAUCGUCCUGGAGGGGAAGUGUCUCGUGGUCUGCGACUCCAGCCCCUCGGCCGACGGCGCCAUCACCUCCUCUCUGGGGAUCUCGGUGCGCUCGGGCAGCGCCAAGGUGGCCUUCUCGGCCACCCGCAGCACCAACCACGAGCCCUCCGAGAUGAGCAACCGCACCAUGACCAUCUACUUCGACCAGGUUAGCCGCCGUCUGCUUCGCAUUCGCUACCCCCAUCCCCGUCCCUGCCUUCCCCUUACUGCACGCGUGUUCUCGUAGGGGCUCCCCUUCCGUCUUUUAAUCCCGACUCAUUGCUCAAUAGCAAUUUUACGGCUCAACUCCCCUGAAAGAGGGUGGGAAGUUCUUUUAGGUGUCUGCGGGGUUUUCCUAGGAUGGUACCGGUGGGGAACACGCUAGCUUCUUGUCCUGUCCUAUUGCUAGUAAGGAGAGGGGUUUAACGUGAGAGUCUCUACCUCGGACGCGUACCAGGGGUGCCUUGCAGCCGAGGAUUGCCUCGCCCAGCCAGGAACGACCCGGGGGAAGGUGCGCAUCCUUCCUUUGGUGCUCCGUCGGGAAUGCUCAUUUUAGGGCAAAUUCGGAGGUUU